AGGGCCCUUCGAGUUAUGUUUCCGCUACUUGGCCUGGUAUGGGUCGAGUUUGAUGUUGAAAACGGACCUUGUAUCAGGGAUACUUUCUAUCCUGUAUGUGAAGACAGUGGGUCCUGUGAACGAAGGGACGUGUUUUCUACCAGUGCGAAAGACUUCAUAGCUUUCCAUGCAAUGCCUGAUUCAACCAGUGUGUCAUCAGAAAUAAUCCAAAUGGAAGAUUCUCUCUUUUUCUUUCGUAUUCCUUACAGUUUAUUAUUAGAGACAGAAUCAGCUGCUUAUUUUUGGAAAAAUAACGGUCCUUGCCAAAGCAAAUUUUGCUUCCAAACUGUAGAAGUUAUUGGCCACAGCUUGUUUCGAGUAUCUGCCAGCGAAAGUGCUCGAAGAGGUUAUACUCAAAACGCGAUAGUUGCAGUUUGUACCACCAAUAUCUCUACCUGUUUCGUGAGACCACUUCUUUAUCUAGUUACAGGCAAUUUGUUUCAACAUGGAAGAUUACAGAAGGAUAAGAUUGAGCGGGAGCUUGAAUACUUGAAGUUUCAGUGGCUGGAGAUAAUAGCUGGAGGAACGGAUAGUUAUGGUUCUACAGUGAAGACGUUAACAUUCCUUGGCAGUCAAUUAUUAGUGAAAGGAGAUUAUUUUUUAUGUCCUUGUGGUUCAGCAAGACAGUGGUAUAUUCAUACUGUUGAAGUUACUGAUGAAGAACCUAAUUUAUACCAUUCGAUGAAAACGAGAGAUUUCCCAAUUACUUCCUUAGUGAAGCCAAAUUGUAGUGUUCCUUUUUUUCACGAAUUUGAUUUGUAUCUAUGCUUUUCAGAAAAUUUAGGCUACUUAUGGACUUUGUGGGAAUUGAUGAUGUUAGGAGAGCCCAUCUUAGUGGUUUCAUCAACUCCAGCAAGAGCUUGUUCUGCUGUCGGAUGUUUGUUAAGUCUUCUUGUUCCUUUAUUACCUAUUGGCGAUUUGGAUGAAUCGAAGGAUAAAGAGUGUCUUUGCCGUAGUCUAUUUGGCAUUACUAGUGCGUUUUUAUGUAACCAGUUUGAAGAAUCGAGACAUAUUCUCUUUAUUGGGCAAGCUAUUGACCGUCAUAGUGAAAUGUAUCCUUCUCUCUAUUUGAAGACGAAAUAUUGUCAAAAAUUUAGCAAAAGCAGACGUUUCUUAAAAGCAUUACAAAAUUCCUCACAAAGACUUGCGACCUGCGUUAUAUUACGCGAGUAUUUUCGAGAAAUGACUUUGACUGUUUUGAGAAUGUUUCAUCCUUUUUUUGUUCCUUUGAAUGCUCAAGAAAUGAAACAAGAUGGGAAUAAUCAUGACGAGGAUGAUAUUAUGAAGAUAUUGAUGCAAUCGCCUCCCGAGUUUCGUUGUUUCGAUAAGACAACCUUUCCAAGUGAUCAUGAUAUUGAAGUUUCUUCUAUUACGUCUCUGUUAUCUUCCAAACGAGAUGCUCUGGCCAACAAGUUUUUAUUAGAUAAAAAGCAUCUUUUCUAUUCUUCGGUGAAUGAUCAUUUGUCUGAAAAUGAUGAAAGUGGUUCCUCAGAUGGAGGGGAGGAUUCCGAUGGGGACGUGAAGUUUAGUGAACUUUCAAGGAAUCUUGAUUCUCUACAAUUAUCAUCUGCCAAAAUGUCUCAUUCCAGGAGACGUUCAGGUUCUGAAGAUCAUUCCAGAAAGGGUAUUCGUCACAAGUUAAAAGAAGCAUCUCGUCAUCGGAAACUUUCCAAGAGAAAAGUUGUUGUUCGUCAGUUUGUGAAAGACUUUAUUCAUGGUCCAGUAUUUGAAGAGUGGUUUAGGAAACGUAGACUUUUAGCGGAAUAUCGAUGGUUUGUUCGAUACAAGCAAUGUAUUACUGGUGUUUUAAGUAAACUCGAAAGUGGAGAUAGAAGAUGGCAACUUCCCAAUCUUUGGAGAAACAAAAUAGAAACACACAUUAACUAUGUGCGUCAAAUGGUUGGAGAUGAUCGUGAAAAAUCAAAGCUAUACGAGUCAGACUUGAAAGCCAUUUCAUCGGACAACGAGAUUUCGAUUUCCCGCCAAUGCCAGUCACUUUGGAUGGCUUCUCUCGUUGCUUUUGCCUUUGCUGUUAUUGGUCUAUCCUCUUAUAUUUUAAUAUUCUUUUUAUACAUCCCUCAAAUAUUGGCAAAGGUAGUUGCUAAACUUUGUAACCAUGUUGUGUUUCGAAGAGAAGCUCAUAUAAGUAUACGUUCCUUGCGUUUCAUCUUCUUGUCUGGAAAAGUCAAUUUGAAAGGUCUUUGCUACACUACUAUAGACGCAAACCUAUAUGUAGAAAACCUUGAGAUAACAGUACUAUGGUGGAGAGCCUUAUUUCUCAAUAGGCGUUCAAGUAGCUCCCACCAACCGACUCAAGGGCGUUCUGAAGAAACACCUGCUGCUUUUAUUGUUGCCCAAGGAGUUCAAAUUCGUCUAGUCAAUCAAAAAGCGCGCUAUGAUUUUAUUCAAAAAGUCGUAGAACAACAAACUUAUAACGUUGAUUUACAAGCUCCAUUCAGCUUACUUGUAGAAGAGUUCGAAGGCUAUUCACUAUGGCUCUAUCAGUAUUUGGGUCCUAUUGCUAUUGACCUUCAAUAUUGUUCUUUUGUCGCAAAUGACCCUGCGAUUUCAGAUGCUGUCUUGUUGUAUUUCGAGACGGGAAAAGGACGUUAUGCUGCUGUUUCAGCUCCUUGUCCUUUGGAUGUGUAUCGUUCCUUUUACAAGUUGACUAUGAAUCGUUUCCAAAUACAGUAUGUUUCUGUAAUAUCGGACAAUAUGAGAGAAAAUGAAACAAGCAACUUGGAUGGAUAUAUUCAUCGCAAUGGUUUGGAUCCAGAAGGAUUUGCAGAAUCUUUAGUUACGCCACAUUCGAUGAAGUCAUAUCUGUCUUCUUCUAUAAAUGAAGAAGCAGAAAUGACGGUCAUCGAUAGCCCAGCUGUUGAUCAUGAAUAUGAAGAAACGAAUGAAAGAUGGAGUUAUGUCAAUUCUCUUAUAUCUUAUUGGAUGAAAUUACAAAGUUUUAUGAUCCGGUUAUUUGGUUACUUAGAAGUAUCUUCAACAGAUGUUCUCUCGCACCAUAAAUUUACACUUUUUGAAGCUGAUAAUGUACAAGUUGAGUAUCAUUAUGAUAUACCAGGAAUCACAAUAUUACUGGAGGGACAAGCUCCUGUCUGGAAUCCACCCGAGUGCCUACUUAAGAUAUCCUCUUCAGGUACCCGAUUUUAUUAUAGUCCUUUUCUUGAGAAAGCCAAAUGUGUACUUUUGGAGAGAUUUUUCCCUCCUACUUUUGAGAAUUUUGAGAUAGAUACCAAUUCUACCAAAGAAGGGAGGAAGAGGCGUCACCGUUGCUUUCAAAUAGAAAUGGAAUGCAAAGCCAAAAGCAAUCAACCUAUGAUGGACAUUAUUUUUCAUCCUCGUUAUCCUGAUAAUAAUCGACGUUCUUCUGAUACUGCCCGAAUCAAUAUUUGGUGUCAAGAAUCACUUCAGUUAUCACUCUUGUAUCCUUAUAUGAUAAGUGUUGGUGAAACAGAAGCGAAUUUGGAAUUUUGUGCCAAUUUCGAUGAAGUCGUCGUCGAUCUUUUACAAGAAAGCACUUUAUCAUUGUGCAAGGCCCCUAUGUUAACGGUGGAAGGAAAACUUGGCUUCCCAAUGAUUUGGAAUGGCUAUCGAAAAUGGUCAUUCGAUUUUCGUUUGUUAUCUUCGAAAUGGACUUUUGUGAGAGAAUACACAAACGUCAUAUCAGAUAUCUUGAGUGAGAUGUCUGAGGGUGUUACUUAUGAUCCUUUUCGUUCUUUUUUGCCUACUGAGUAUUUUGUCAAUUUUGAACUUAAAAGUGGUUAUAGUCUUUAUUUUUCCGCUAAUCCUCUGAACAACUGGAAGAAUCCUUCUCAAAUGGAUAUGGAUAAUGAAUGGGCACUCGAAGCAGUCGGGAAUACGUUGAAAAUGAAGUUUCAUUCACCUUCCAGUCUCUUUCCUAUGCCAUUGACUUGGGAUAUGAAUUGGUUACUUUACGCUCCGCAUUUGAAAGUUUGGUUUCAUUGGCCUAUUGAACCUGACUUACGAAGGAGACUGGGAAGUUGUCAAAAGAUUAUUGAUGUUUCCAGUUUUGAUAUUCAGUGUUCGCAUUCCUAUUGGAAUAUCUUGGUGCCUGGUUAUCAAGAUAGAAUCAGAGCGGUAUUGAACAUAUCAGACUUGAACUUUGUUUUAAACCCUCAUCACUUGACUUAUUUAAAUGAGUUUCUAGACAACUAUUUCGGAGAACAUUUAUUCGCACAUAUGGAUGGCAGACCACUCAUUCAAGAAUAUUGUAGCAGUAUGGAGCAACUUGUAAAUGUUCGAUCAACAAGAGAAACAUCCUUUUUGAUGAAUAUUCAUCGAUGGAGUUUUUUUGUUUGUGCCGGCAUCGAUCCUGCUAUCAAGGUUCCAAGUUUUUUCUCCUAUCUUCGAUUGAAAAUACCUUACUGUUCCUACUACAUGAAGAGUACGAAGAGCUGUACCAGCUUUACUUUGAGUUGUCCAAGAAAUAUCGAAGUAACUCCUCACGUAGAAAGUGAAAGCGUUGCUGCGCGAAACAAUACGGAUCAUCGAAAGCUGUAUUUAAGAGGGGUAUCGAUUAGUGUGCUUUAUCUUUUUGGAAAUAACGAUGUAGAAUAUAUCAAUAUUGCUUCCAUAAGGCUCGAGUCCUUUUAUGGCCAAGUGAGGAUGGACAAAGUGCAAUGUUUUAGUGAUAUUUGGAAUUGUUUUCGUUUAUCAUCAACUGAACGGAAGAAAGGUUAUCUUCUUCCAUUGGAAGCAUUGGAAUUGGAACUCGGUUCCCUCGACCUUAAAUUUUUUCAUGAAGAUAGCAUAGUAGAGUCAGUGGUUCCCUCCGGUCUCAAAGUUGUACUGAGUAAUUUGCAGCAUGCUAACGUUCGACUAACAGCAAAGUUGGAAAUUGGAUUGAUAUUGGUCAGCUUGUGGAUACCUACAAGUCAGUUAUUAGAAGAUUCGGUUGGUGGUAGCAAUAUUGUGAAGAAAGCUAUUGAAAAGCAAGACUAUACGGAAGUGGCAUCCUUUUCUUCCCGUUUAACAGUAACAUUUCGUAUAUUCGAGAAACUAGCUUCCUUGACUGCCUUUAAACAAAUGGAAGAACUAAAGAAAGCCGAUUGUUUUCAAAUGCGUAUCCAAUUCCUAUGGAAAGAAACCGAUGAGCUUUUGAUGAAUAGCCGCUCACGAAGAGACUUUCGCAAGCAAAGCAACUCCACUUUGGGAGUUUCAAAUGAGAAUAAGCAGAGCAUGUCUCGAGCAGGCAAUUCAGACUUUGGUGAAAUUCCUGAUUCUGUACAAGAAUUUUGGAUGCAACUUGAGGCAGCAAUGAACAAUGGAGAGUUGGGAGAAUGUGAUGAAGAAGGUUUCAAUGGGGAGCAAAAUUUAUCUUAUCUCAAAUUGGCAGUUCCGGAAAGUAUGAAAUGCAGUCUUUCUCCUGCUGCCAUUCAAACAGGAAUAAACCUCAUGAAUGUUUUUAUUCCUAAAAGAGAAGAACAUGUGGAGCUGAUUAUCUGUGACAUUUGGAAGGAACAUUUGGAACGCUGUAUUGCUUCGGAGGAAGAUACGGUUUUCAACUAUAAGUUUUCAAUGGAGUUGCCAGAAGUGAAAGUUAAAAUUAGAAAGAUGAGUCCUAACAGUUUCUCGUGUAACAAAUGUAUUUCCUUUUCUUCUAUACCCGAGAUUUAUUUAUAUUUAUCCAAUUCCUAUUUAAGAUGGAAUGUAUCUGGUUCCCGAAGCAAAGCAAAGGAACUUGUGUUUGGACUCUCUCAAAUCCUGUGUGGUAUAUCUUUGGAUGGAGGGUUGGAUGACCAGUCCAGAAUCAUGGAGCUCAAUCAUAUUCAGAUUAGGAAUAUUAUUUCCUCUGGAAAGGAAAAUGUAAAUAUGAUGCUAGAUUCUUUCAGAAUUGGAGAGAACAUGAAUGAAUUGGAGUCUUUGGUUAGAUGUUGUAUGUUGUUUGCAAAGUUCGGCGUUUCCUAUUGGGGUGGUGUUCUUAAGAGCAAACCCGAAACUGUAACUGCCGAUGUCUUUAGUCUUUGUGUGAUUGCUGGAGAAGCUUCCACGGGACUGGUGACUUCAGGUAGACAAAUCCGAAAAGUCUUCUUGUCUGCUUUUGCUAGAGUAAAAGCAAUGAAUCAAAUGGAAAGGUCUCGAAUGCUUAUGCUUCUCCAAUCUUCUGCCUCCCGAAAUCAUCCUUAUUCAUCUACUGUUGGCAACAGAAAAGUAGCUUUUGAAUGGAUUUGUCAUUGGAAUGAGUUUUCAUUGAUAGUAGAAAAUGUUAGUAUUUUGGUAUGUCAUCAAAUCUAUUGGAAAUAUUCCUGCUUCUCUGGUCGUAGCAUUCUCGUACUUGUGAUGAAUGAAAUGCAUUCAAAAGCUGAUACCCAACUGGUUACAAAGAUUAGUGCUUUUAUACGUGAAUGUAUUCGUAUUUGGUAUAGUGAAUGGUCCAUUUCACAAAGGGAGUGGACAGCUUCUGCAGUGGAAAGAAUGCAACGUAAAAUAUUUCGUUCUAUGCCAGAAGGAGAAUGGAUAGAUCCUCCUAUUCAUUCCAAGCAAAUGACUGAAGAUCCUCCCACAGUUGAGAACCAAAUAAGUGAUGAUGCAUUACUUCGGUCGCUGUCUACUGCGCCAUUCUUCUUUAGUAGUAGUAGGAGAGUCAAUCAGAGGAACAAUCUUGUCUCAACUUUUUCUGUACCUUGGGGAACAACUUUACCUGGUACUAUUCAUUCGGAACAAAAAGAGAAAGAUGCAAAAAUAUCUGCUCAAGACUCAGCCUUUCUAUUAAGGUCUCUUAGUUCUUUUGAAGCGAAGACAACUUGGAAUGAAUUGGAUAUUCAGCCAUCUCUGCUAUCAGCAGCACUUAUACUCGUGGAUGUUAUGGUAUCCAUCGAUAAGAUAGAUUUGCAACUCUCUUCUUCCUCAACAGAAAGCGUAUUUGUUUUUCAAUCCUAUCAAAACGUCACUUAUCUUCCCAUGUCGCUUGCUGAUUCCUUGGAGCACUCUAGUAUUUUAUGUAGCAGUGAAGAAGUGGAGUGCAAAAUCAACGGACCUAAUCUAGAAGAGUGGGUAGGAAUCUUCAUCAGCACUCCACAGUAUGUCAUUUCAUUACAGAACAAUGGAAGAAAUGCCAAUAUAGUUGCUUCGAUGUUGACUAUAGAAAAUGUUUCGAUGAGAGUAGAAUACAAUUUCUUUUCAGCUUGGCAUCUAUUCGGACAUGUGUUGGAUGAAUUGAGAAGUUUAAUAGGAGAAAGAGAAGUAGAUGCUCGCACUGCAUCUUCACAAAUAUACAAUAUACCUCCUUUGAAUGUUGCCGUUUCAGAAUGUAGUUUACAACUUCCACUUAGUGAGAACGACCAUAAGUUGCUAUACAAAGUACAAGAUUUGAGAGCAACUUCUUGUGAACUUAGCCAUACGGAAAAUAUUGUUGUUGUUCGAGUACCUUCUCAAUUUAUGGAAUACUUUGACAAACAAGUGGCUCAUGAUCUUCUGCAGUUGCCUAGUGCUGUUUUGGAAGCAAGAAUAACUUUAACAAGCGAUGAUAAUGAUAAUGAAGAAAGACUACAAAAUAGACCAGUCGUCACCUAUUACCGAUUUCAUUUGGCUUUCAAAGCCAUCGAAAGUAUGGUUACCAAAGAGCGUUUGAGGGGUCUGAAGAAUAUCUUCGAAUUGUGGAAUCGACCUCGAAAGAAAAAUUUCGUUAAACCAAUGACGGCGAACAGUAUGUUGGCAGAUCAUAGUAGAACAGUAGUGACACGUUUGUUUAGUUUAGUCAUUUCUCUGCAAACCUUAUCACUCAAUUCGGAGUUGAUGGGAAUUCAUUCCGAACUAUUUUUGGAUAAUUUGAAUUUUGUUUUGAAGACGACCAAUAUUCCUUAUCCUGACAUUCAUAUUACUUUUCGAAAUAUUGGUUUGGUGAUCCGUUCCGCUGGUUCUCUUCCAUCGAGAUUUUCUAUUAAUCAAUUUCAGUCUCGCAUUCGAAUGAAGCAAUCUAUAGACUCUACAUUUUUGCAUCGGUUACAACUGAUUUCAUUAUCAUCUAUGAAAGAAUGUGAAGUAUUUAUGGAUAAGCGAUGUAUGACUGCUUUGGUUUUAUUAGCGGACGAAUUUAAAUACUAUGAAUGUGAUGAAGAAGAAUCGUCCACAACCGACUCUCUUAUGGGAACUGUGGCAGCAGCAGCUUCCAGACUUUGUAUUUAUAUGUUGACCAAUGUUCGUAUUGGUAUCAUUCGCAUGACUUUUGUUGUCGAUAACAGUUAUGAUAUUCGUAUCUCUUCAUAUUCUCCAUCAUUAUCUCUAAGAAUGGACAACUUGAAGACUUUACCUCGUUAUCGAUUGGUAUUGACAGGUUCAUUUGAAUCGGCCAACAUUUAUCAACAGAACACUCCCAUUUUGACGUUUCAAGGUUCUUGUAUCGAUUUCAGUUGGUUAUCGGGAAAUGUUGCGUGUUUUGUAGAUGUGGGCUCUUAUACUCUCUCUCUUGAUCAUGCCAUAAGACUAUUACCAGAUGCUGCUUCUGAAAAUGAUUCUGUUAUGGGUACCCAAAUUUUUACUUUGAUUGACCUCGGAGUCAAUAUUAAUGCUGGAGUUGUAACUCUCAAGUCUACAAAGUAUAUGGAUACCGAUAUUAUGGUACCUGGCAUGUAUUGUAAUUUAUUUUUAGAUGUUACAAGACUUAAAGCUGUGUUCUUUUGUGAUUGGGAUUAUGCCAAUAUGGACUUUUUGGAAAGCCAAUUGGAACAUAUCAUGAAGUGGUUCUUUGAUCGUUCCCAAGAAAACUUGAACCAACCAGUACCUUCCACUCAUUCUAGAAAGUCUAGUGUUCCUUGGCAUCGAAGAAUGAAAACUAUCGCAUCCUUUGCAUCUUCUUCUCCUAUUACUAGUAGUGGAAAGUGUUUUCAAUGGAGUUUGAUCGUUCGUCUUUCGAGAUCCUAUGCAAGGUUGAAGGAAAGCGUGGGUUCUCCUGGGUUGAUGAUGCUAUCUGCUUCAGCUUUUGUUCCCGAAGCUCAAUUUUUGUUUAGCCCUGGAAAACAUCCCAUUUAUGGAAAGCAAAUCUUGUUAGCCAGUGGCGGUGUUGGUAGUUUGGAUAUUUCAUUGAAUCCAGGAUGGCACACUGCAAGUCAACUACGAUGUAUUGGUACAGGGAUUGACUUUCUUGUUGACUUGACCAAUAGAACGGGAACUUGUAGAUUGAGACAGAUUGCCGCUGAUUUAGAAUUGGCUUCCUUACUCUCUUUGCAAAAUGUGUUUCAGCAUAUUCAUUGGUCGUCUACUACUCAACCUACUCAUUGGGAAAUACAACCUCUUAGAAAAGUUGCUAUUUCUAUUUGUGUUCAAGAUUGGAUGGAUGUUUCUCACGAUCACUAUCACCUUCAACAACAAACACCGUUUGUAAAGUUAUCUCUUCGCAUGGUACAACAAUCCAGUGGUUCCAUGGAGUUAGGAUUCUAUCGUUCCUACGUUCACUUUGGGUUCCUAGAUGAUCGCAACUUUUUCUAUUUGAACUGUGCAAGAGGUCAAAUACGUUCCACUCGACAACAUUUUCAUGGUAAGGGUGGAUUAGAAAGACUGUUCAUCUCGCAGUUAUCGAGUCCAUCCAUUGGUUUCUUGUAUUUGGAUGUCGACUCAUUUUUGUUUCAUUUGGCUCAAGGAACAGAAGGAGAUACUACUCGAGAAGAAAUUUUAAGACUCGCCUGCAAACAGUUUUCUUGGAAAACUUACGAGUCAAGUGAUGAAGUCCUUCGACUUGCAAGGAACUCAGUUGACAUGGAUAUAUGGAUAAAAGGAUUACAUGGUGCUUUGUGUUCAACCAGUUCUCCGGCAUUGAGUCGGUUACAGGAAUCCUUAUCGCACCUGUUGAUGGAAACCAAACGUAUCAGUUCCAUGGUUGUAGGCAACACGAGUCGCACCAUCGGUAGCAUUGACACUGAUAGUCGUCAUUCUACGAUGGCUCAUGUGAUGAGAAAACACAAAAACAAACGACUUGUGAUUAACGGAGACCAUUUGAUGUUGUCUUUGUUCGCUAUGCAUUUUCAUGAACAAGAUUUUCUUCGAAUGGCUAGUGACCAAUAUCGAAUGACGUUUUUCCAAACGGUGGACCGCAAUCGAGGAGAAAAUCGACAACUACAAGUACAAUUCGAUACCUUCCGUAUCCAAAGGGAAUCUCUUUCAGUAUGUCAACAUAGGCACAACACAGUCCACGGAAUAUCUCAACCUUUUUCUUUUUAGGAUCCAUCCUCACAAGGUACCAUCUUAAGUAUUCCU